UAAAAAUCGGAUUUUCCGACAGUUUUUCCGUGUUUUCAUCCUAUUUUGAGUAAAAUUAUCUUCUCUACUGCCAAAUUUCUCAUUGAAAUUUAUGAAAAUCAUCAAAAAAUCUUCAAAGAAAUCAAAAAAUUCCUCAACUAAACUGACCUUCACCUAAUUUUCGCCCUCAAAUUGCGAAAAUAAAAUGAUUGAUUGGCUAAAAUGGUGCCGUUUGUGUGGCAGCGAGGAGAGUUUUUGCGCCAUCGAGCAAGGAAGCGAUCUCAUGACCAUCAUCAAUCGCUGUUUCACGAUCCUGGACUCUUCCUCCCUAUGUCUCUGCGGAAACUGCUACGAAUUUGUCGCAAAUCUGCAGAAUUUCUGCUCAAAAGUUGUUGAAGUCGACAAAAUGUACAAAGAAUUGUUCUCGGGAUACGUGAGUCAUGAGGAAGGAUUGCGAGAUAUUCGACUGAAAUACGGCCUGACGACAAAAAUUCCUUUAGAAAGUGUGAAAAAAGAAUCAAAAUUGGCAGAAAAUACCGAAGAAACGGAAAUUCCUGACAAAAGACGUCGCUCACAACGAAAAAUUGGAAAAACAACGACAGAAUAUCCAAUUAAAGCGGAAGAAACAACCCAACUGGACUUCAAUUCGGAGGAAAAAUUCAACAAUUCCGACAAAUCUCUCGAUAUUGACCAAGAAAUCGAACGAAUGAUCGAUCAAGGAACCGAUUCUGACAACGACGAGCAUGGAAAUCCUUAUGAAAUGAGUGAAACUGGCGUGGAUGAUGCCGAAUCAAAGCCUAAAACGGACCAAAAGAAGUUUGAAUGCGAAGUUUGUCAAAAAAGUUACAGCCGACGACAAACAUUGGAGGAACAUGUUCGUCUCAAACACGGAUCCGAGCAAGAUUUCAAGUUUCAUUGCGAAAUAUGUCAACGAAAAUUCAUUUCUGAGAAGAAAUUGAAGCAGCAUUCCAUAAGUCACCUGCCCGCCAACGAGAAAAUGGUUCAUCCUUGUCCUCAUUGUGAUAAAAAGUUCACAAAAUCCGUUAAUGUCGUCGCCCAUAUCAAAGCAGUCCAUAUUGGGUUGCGCCCCUUCAUUUGCGAGUCAUGCGGGCGUCCUUUUCAGAGUAAGGGAGCAUUAAAAGACCAUCAAAUUACCCAUUCCGAUGAACAUCCAUGGGCCUGUAGUCAAUGCCCGAAGCGAUUUAAGAAUCAGGCGCGAUUGAAAACUCACGAAGAUAUUCACAACACGACUUCUUACAUUUGUCCUCAUUGCGGAUUAGCUCUAAAUACGAAAAGAACGCUCAAAAUGCAUCUCGUCGUUCACAGCGAAGAGAAAAAGUACAAAUGUAACUAUUGCGGUAACGAAUUUAAGCGAUCCAAGGCAUUGAAGAACCAUUUAAUACUUCAUACGGGACUUCGACCCUAUUCCUGCCCUUUUUGCAACAAAACAUUCGCGAAUGGGUCCAAUUGUCGAAGUCACAAAAAGAAAGCUCAUCCCGAUGAAUUAAAAGCUUUGGAAGCAAGUGGCUUGAAAUCGACUGUGGAAAUUCCUCGGAUUGAAAUGUUGCAGCCAAAAAAAAUAUCAAAUUUCGAGCAAGAAAUCUCAAACGGGCUCCAAAUGACUGAACAACAUGCCAUAACGUUGCCAUCUCUCGCCACAAUUGAUAACUUGCCAUUGCAAGCAACAACUCAAUCCAGCUUGAGUCAAAUUCAGGUGAUUGACAUGCAACAUCCAAUAAUUCAUCAGCAACAACAAAUGACACAAGUUAUCACGCAAAUUCCGUCAACGAAUGCAGCGACGUAUCAUGUUCCCGUUACGAUGUUGUCAAUUAUUGAACAUCCAUCGAUAGAGACGAAACAUGAACCUGUGUAAAAUUUUAUUGAAAAAUUAAUUUUUUUAAGUAAAAAAAAUUAAAAUUAAAAUUUAA